GACAUCUUUCUUAUUAGUGCCAACAUGAUCGAGAUCUCAUCGGAGUAUCGAGCACAUGUUUUGCGACAUCCAUCAUUAAUUACCCGUCCCACAAACUCCACUCCGGCUCUAGUCGCCGAACUUCAGACCCACUCGCCGAACCUCAGAUCCACUCCCGGCAAAACUGGUCAUCACUAUCCAAAGGCAUUAGAUAUGGCGCUACACAGAAUCAUAUACAUCUCAUGUAAGACAGCAAAUCUGCUCCUGUCGCUCUACUUUUUUAUACAGCUCCUCAACCGGCAGUACUUACAAACCAGAAAAGCUCACCUCGACCCAGCAUUGCCCUGCACGUUAACGUUCCAUAUCGCAUACACGAUAGAUCCUGACUUUCUCCUCCAAGAUGUCCGAGAACCACGCUCUUCCCCUAUACUACAACCCGGACGAAACCAGCUCGGCUCCAAGAUCUAGCAGUUUCUUUGCAUCUCUGAACACCAAACUUCGCGCCUUCUACCGCUCCCUUGUCAACAUCGGCCCCUGGUACCUUGGCCUCUCUGUCAGCAGCUUGACUGUCAUCCUCUUGAUCAUUCUGGCUGUCUGUGGUGUCUUUACCAUAAACAUUCCCAAGCUUGCCUUCGGACCUGUGCGCCAGCGUGCUAUUCGUGAGAUAUCUAGACGUAUCAUGGGAGAUAUGCUUUGGAAUAGUAUUAACCUCCUCCGUAGGGUCUGAUGGAUAUGUCGCAAUGAGGAAUAUGACUGAGUUGAGUGUUGAUUUGACCGGACCGGGCUAUGGGGAGAUCGGUGCGCGUGAUUUGACGGUCCCGGAAUUCUCUCUCGUAGAUGUGGCUCAGUCGGCUUGGGGUUGGUCUCUGGUCAUCUUCGUGGUGGUGAUCUCGGCCUCUAUGAUAAGAAUGAUUUCUGGUUGGCUGGUGGGUAUGCUUCUCCAUAAGUCGUUAUUGAGAGAACAGGGAAGGAUUAGAAGACUCUGAUGACAUAUGAUUUCAAUACUAUGUUAGUGGUCACGCCAUACAUGAACAGGAG